GUAUAAAAGCAGCAGCACGCGAGCCGGCCGGAUAGUAGCUUUGGAAAACUGUUUGGAAAACUGCUCCGCUCCGCUCAGCUCAGCUCUCCAGCGUGUCCCGUUAUCGAAGUUGUUGCCGUUGCCGCAGUUCCAGUUUUUCAUCGUCCUCCUCUUCUUCUUCUGAUUCAGCUAUUUCCAAGCUCUCUCGCUCGCACGCACACAGAGCCAGAAACAGAAACAGCUGAGCGAGCGCUGAGUGAAAAUUUUGUAGUACGCUUCACACGAACUUCUGAAAAAACCCGCAGUCGAAACGCGGCCGCCAAACACAGCACAUCGGCACACGAGGGGCAGAACGAGAAGAAGUAGAGGCAGAAAAUCGGAAAACCAGAAAAGAAUAACUUCUACAAACGAAACGCAGCCAUCAGCACUUGAAACUCCGCCAUAUGUAGGAAAGCAAAGCAAAGAAGCAAAGAUAAAUACGAAAUUAAAAUCUCUGUCCAAACAAGAACAACAACAAAAACGUCUUGAAUUAAAUCAAAACCAUGUGCUGUGCUUAAAUUUAUAAAGGAAACCAGACAGAGCGAGACAGAAAGGGGAAGCGAGAAAGCCCAGAGGAAGGAAAGAGCGAGAGAGAGCUGAACGGGGCGGCAAUUUGCGUUGAUUUUUUAGCAUGUAUUGAAUUGAAAUGUUUAACUAGAAUAACAAAUUUAGUUGUUGAUACUUUUCCAAUUGUUUGUUAAAACGCUGUCGCUAGAAAAUCGAACUCUCCACCACACACACACACACACACAACAAAGUAAACACACAAUAAAACAACCAACCACACGCGAAGUAAAAUCAAAUUCUUGUGAUUAAAGUGCAUUUCUAUACGUACGUUAAACUACAACUAUUCACACCCACGCAAUAUAUUAAACGCAUCGAAAGUCGGUCGAGAUCAAAAGCCUAUAGCCUAUAUAAUCGCAUUCGCAUUCGGUAGCAGCAACAAGCGGCAGACUUUCAUUAUAAAUCCAACAAUCGGCUGAAAACACACAAAAUAGCAGUUGCAACGGCGGCUCUAUGAAGAUGGAAGUGCUCUCAGUACAAAAUCACAUUCAGGGAAAAUUCGGUGUUAAUAAAAUUAAAGACUGGCAAGCUUCGACGGCGCCGUUGGAGGAGGAGGAGGAGCUGAACGCAGGCGUGAACGGGAACACAGCCGCCGGCGAGGGCAUUCUGGACGUCGACGUGGUAGAUGGCCAUCCAGCCUCUGUGCUCCACAUGCGACAGCACCAGGCGCUCAACACCCGCCCACCGGCUACGCCUCCAUCGGCAGGUGGCGGUGGUCCGUUGGCGGGCUUAGGAUCCGUCGGUAUGACCACUCCCAAACAGGCCACGUCGCCGGUGGCCGCGGCCAGUUUUGAGGCGCCCCUUAGCGGUGGCAGUGCAGCCGCCUACCAUCACGCCUACAUGACCAACGUGCUGUCCAGCACCGCCCAGCAGCACCACCCACUGCCCGCAUCGCCGAUGCAGUCGACCGCCGGCGCUCGGUUUGGGGCCGCCGACAAUCUGGACGAUGUGAGCGCCAGCGCAGUGCGGGAACUGUCGCAGCAACUGCAGGCUCAGCUGAGGGAUGCCAAGCGUCGCCACCUGGCCUGCACCGAGGUCACGCUGCCCAACGACCUCACGCAGCGCAUCGCCGCCGAGAUCAUCCGGAUGUCGGAGCGAGAACCAUGCGGCGAGCGCGCUUGCACGCUCUUCAUUGAGUUCGAGAGCGAGCCCAACAAAGUCAAGCGCAUUGCAUACUUUAAGGUGGAUCCGGACACGGUGUCCAUCUUCGAGCUGUACUUGACGUUGAGGCAGGACAAGAGCGGCUGGAGCUCCUUGGUGCCGCAGUUUAUUAAAAACCUUACUCGUAGCAAUACCAUCAACAUCAGUCCCGACUUCACGCUGACCAAGAAAAAGCUCUACUCAUCCGAGUGAGUCGCUCGACGGAGGAGCGGCAUGGAGUGCGAACCAGAAUCGCUGGGCUGCUCAGAACUCAAUCCCUCCGAACAACAACAGUAACAGCAGCAAUCGCAAUACGAACAUCUAUUGGUUGUGCCUCCUUCGUCGCAAUAGCCAAGAUUCAUGAUCUUCAUUAUGGAAUAUAGAGAGAUGAUGUUUAACCCUAGAGGCAAACUUUUGGACCACAAACUAUCAACUUACUCCUGCAAAUAACAAAUCAACUCAACGCUAAAGCAAAAACAAUUAUUUUGGAACCUAAGCUCUAAAACAAAACCAAAAAACCAAAACGAAAACAAAAACAAAUCAACUGCAGUUGCAGGCAACUCAAAACUCUUAUUGGACUGACUUUUUGGCUUAAACAAAAAAGGUACUUUUUGAAAAACGAAAAAAAUCGCAAAAAAAAGAAGUAUUGAAAACGAGGAUAGAGUGAGGAGAACACAAAAAACCAUAAGGAAUAUUCAAAAUAUUGUAAAACGUUAAGGCAGACAAGCAGAAGAAAACUUCACUCAGUGAACGGUUGUCGGUGAUCCGUUUUAAAUUGAAUACAAAAGGCAAAACCCCCGGAUGGAAGUAUAGAGUAUUAUCCCAAUUUGUAUGUAUGGAUGUGUGUACACCAUCACCUUGUAUCAUCAACAUAAUCCAGGAAUCAAAUGUAGCUAAUAUAUUAUGUAUAACUUCAGUGCAUAAUGUAUGGCACAUGUCGUUUGUCACGAUUCAAUUAGGCUAUUACUUCUAAAUGCAUGCAAACAUACAUACAUACAUCUAUAUACCGUGUAUUGAGAAACAGAAAUCCAACAAAUUUUCUAUAUAUAUGAGAGCAAACAAUAAGAAUCGGAAUCGAUCAAUCGAAGCAGUAAGAGGAAAGUUAAUAAUAACAAAUAUAAAAACAAAGUUGAUGUGAUAUUAUAUAAUAAUUAUGAAUAUUGAUAAACGCAUACACACUCACGAAUACACUCACAUACAUAAAGAAA